AUGGCAGAGACAAACAAAGAUCAUUUGGUUCAGUCCGAUGAUCCAGACCAUCCUGCAAACCUGAUACCUAGACUGUGUAAACAGUUCUAUAGCCUUGGUUGGGUCACUGGAACUGGAGGAGGCACCAGUAUUCGGAUGGAUGAACAUGUCUACAUUGCUCCCUCGGGUGUGCAGAAGGAGCUCAUCAAACCCAGUGAUAUGUUUGUCCUUUCUUACCCAACUCCCAAGUAUCCACCGUCCGCAAGACAAUACAUUCGGAAGCCUCAUGAGCUUAAGCCCUCUGCUUGCACGCCGCUCUUCCUCGCUGCUUUCGAACGAGGGGCGGGCUGCUGCAUUCACUCACAUUCCCAGUGGUGUGUACUGGUGACUCUUCUUGUUGAAAAGAUGCAUGGCAAGGAUGCCUGUUUCGAGAUCAGCAACAUCGAACAGAUCAAGGGCAUUCCGAAAGGUCCGGGGAAGGGAAUGCUUGGCUUCCACGAUACGCUCCGGGUGCCCAUCAUCGAGAAUACGCCGUUCGAAGAGGACUUGACUGAGAGCUUGGAGAAGGCGAUGGAGCAAUAUCCAGAUACCUACGCUGUUCUGGUGCGGCGCCACGGAAUUUAUGUUUGGGGCGAAACCGUUGCGAAAGCCAAGACCCAGUGUGAGAGCCUGGACUAUCUGUUCCAGCUUGCUGUUGAGAUGCACCGGCUUGGCUUGCCGUGGACGAUAUGA